AUGACCACUGCGAACUGCACUGGUCCGGAGUGCACCUACGUGGGUCCGGACUCAGGGGCCACGCCCGGCCGCUGCACCCAAACCGCGGGCUACAUCGCGAACGCCGAGAUCAACGAGAUCAUCGCCACCAAUCCCACCGUGCAGGUGCUCUUCGACAGCGGCAGUGACUCUGACAUCAUCGUUUACAAUGAGACGCAGUGGGUCGGCUAUAUGACCAACACCACUAAGAGCACACGGACCUCCUACUACCAGGGGUUGAACAUGGGUGGCACGACUGAAUGGGCUAUCGAUCUCGAGGCUUUUGUCACUUCGCCUACUGAUGCCACAGCCUUUGGCGAGUGCCUGGUGGAGCUCAAGGCCGAGAUCGACGACGAUGAUACUGAGUUCGUCUCCAUGAACCUGACUUGCUCCGACCCCAGCUCCAGCGAGAGCAGCCUGCAAGCCAGUGAGGAACGAGGGGUGGCUGCGUAUGUCAACUGGCUGGUGGAGGAUAUUUACAAGUCGCCAUAUGAAUGGACUCGCAGGAUGUUCGAAAGCACGGGAGCGGGGUCCACCCAGUGUGACCUCUACCCGGACGGAGAAUGCCCCUUCCCCACAGGAUUUUGCUCGGACUACAAUGUGUCGGCGGAAUACUGGGCUGAAUUCGUGGUGGCUAACGCGCACCAGUACAUCACCGAAUUCGGGACCCUGUUCGACUUUGCGACACAGAACGAGUCGCUGAGCAUCGAUGCCAUCGUGGACGACUUCCCCGUCAAAUCGGGCGCCACGGUGCCCGACUGGGCAACAAUUCUCACCAACGUCGGUGGCGUCAUGGGCAUCCUGGGGAGCGCCAUCCCGGCGCUGGAGGCGGAAACAGACACGGCGUCGACGAUCAUGAGGGCGCUGAGUGGGAUCUUCUCACUGGCGGGCUCCGACGUCUCUAGCGCCGACGCGACGGACGCCGAGACAAUCACGCUGGAGGCGGCGGUGCAAACACUUUACAGUAGCAUGUACCAGAGCGUGGUCAACACGACGAUCGGAGCGUACUCGACGAGCAAGUGCGCCUCGAUCACCAGUGGCACCGUCAUCGGCGACUACUGCUACACCCUCGAGUACCCCGGCGCCGGGUGGGAACUGGCCAAGCAGAUCAUGACCGACCCGAUCAGUAGCGAUGACCUGAUCAAGCUGACGGACACCUACGGCAUCGACCUUGAGACCUUCGGCAUCGUCGAGAUGGACGUUCUGACCGCCUCCUUCACCGUGCCCACCUGCUUCUUCAACCUGCCCGUUUUCACGGUGGAGACCUCCGAUGAGCCCACCAUCAACAACUUCCUCUCCUCGCCCUGUCUCGUGUGGGGUCGCAACACCACCGCCAAGACCGCCGAGCUGGGCGUCACCUGGAUGCCGAGCACCCUGGCCGAUGUGUUUGUGCGGGACUUCUGUGAGUGCAAUGCCUCGGGGAGGGAAUGCUCGGAGGUGUAG